AUGGCUAGUAUGGUCGAAUCACAAGAAGGGAAAGACGUGAGCGAAAAAGCAGCAGAGAUGGCCAAAGAGGAAGCACAACCGUCAAGAAAACGAGCAAGAAGAGCUCACAUCGAAAUUCAGACGCCUGGCACGCUUCCACAAUACAGAGACGCAAAGAAGUACCUCUCUGUAACAGACUUCGUUUCUCCAUUGUGGUGCGAAUAUGCAUUCCAUUAUGGGAUCCUGGGUUUACGGCACCUACCCGUCUCACAAAGACCAAAAGAGAUCGAAACGCCAAGUGGUCAUAUCCUCAGACCUGAUAAACAAGUCGCACAGCAACGCGAAAAGGUCCUUGUAGGAGGUAGAAAAGUACACGAAAAGCUGGAGAAGGAAAUACAUCCUGUCAAAGUUCGUGUCCAAACAACGACCAGAGAGGAUGAAUGGGCAUUGCGAAUCUUGCGUUUAAUCACGGGGUUGAAGACCUUGCUCGACAGUGGAUGUUGCAGAGAAGUUCCAAUCUUCGGUUUUGUACAUGGUGAAUUGGUGAUGGGUGUAGUUGAUGAAAUUAAUCGGAGACCUCUGACAAAGCGGCUGAACAAAUAUCUGGACGAGGCUCAGAAAGAAGCUCAAGCUCCGGCUUCCAAAACGCUUUCAGACUUCUUCACACCUCUGCAGCAGCAAGAUGGCCCAAGCUCUCAAAUAACCGUCUCGGAUGGAACAAAGAAAUAUUCAUCACAGGAGGAGUGGAAGAAGGAGAUGCGUCGAAAAGAAGCACUAUCAAAAGGCCCUAAGAAGUCACCAAAAAAGUCCCUAGGAACCCACAAGAAGGGGACGGAGACAGGGCAGGGAAAUUUGAUGGCAUUUUUUGGUGGCAAGAAAGAUGCACACGCCGAUACUACAAUCAAUGCUGAUGAAGCUGAACAACCAAAAGAGAGGUAUGGAUACUUCCUUGAAGAUAGCAAAACUCGAUUGGCCAGGCUUCUACCACCUGUGCAGGAUCAAAAACCUGCAAGGCUACAGUGUAUGCUCUACAAGCGUCUUUUUGACGGAUUGCUCUCCGGCAUGAUAGGCGGUAGACCUGCCCAACCUUCAACGAAAGAAGGUGAAAUCCUGGAGCUAGACGAAUAUGCAACACCUUUUGAUCUUGCCCAUUUGUUCGCACAUCAAUCGCUCGAUGCACAAUUACCUCUUUCGGAUGCAUUUAUCCUGGAUGCAGAAGGACUUUUGAACGAGUUCAACCUGUCAAUUUUGGCAUCAGAUCAAGUAUGCACACUGAAAACUAUCGCUGCUUUGCUGAGCGAGACUUUGUCAGAAUUAGCAAAGUCUGCACAAGAAGGAAUGAGAUGGAAAGCUGCGGAUUUCACUGCUUCUGGAGUCAUUCAGCAUCAUCUUCGUUUAACAUACCGUAAGAGAAAAGGAAAAUUUCAUCCCAAGAGUAAGUAUGCGUCAGAGGCGCGCAGAAAGCAACCAUCUCGCUCUUCAAAAAGGCUAAAUGGCUCGAAUGGUGAGCAGGAAGCCGCCCCUGCAGAGACGGAAAGCAAGUCAGAAAACGCAGAAGAUCGAGUGGUAGCGAUCGCCCUAGAACUUGGUGUGGACGAUGACGUUCGUCAAGCCGAAAUUGAAGACGAAGUUUUACGUGAUAAUGGUGUUGUUAUUCCAGAUUCUUCACCUAGCGUUCCCCUUUCACAACGAAGGGAAACAGAUGACACCGAGCCUGAAGCUACACCAUCGGACAAAAAUAUUCUGGGUACGGUAGAUUUCUAUCAUAAUCCGAUCCAACUAGACAAUCACUUGCACGAUAUGAUGUUAUUGUGGAAAGGCGAACGUUCAAUGCGAGGAGUCACGAUUGAACAGUCGUGGCGCUGUCAUAAAUGUGAAUUUCGACAAGAUUGUGAAUGGCGUCAAGAGAAAGGGCAAGAAGAAUUAGAUAAAGCAAUGCAAAGAAGAUUAGACCAAGCUGCGCUACAAAUCGAUCAACAACCUAUCGGUGCUAGUGAUUCUGACGGAACAAAUAGCAAUGAUGAAGAACAGCUUAGAGAACAACAAAUCGUUCAAGAUAAUGAGUCGCAGUCUUCAACCCAGCCUACUCAUCCACUUCCUCAAAAGAUCUUUAGAGAAGAUCUAGAUGACGAGGACGCACUUUGGAGUCAAUUUGAGGAGAUAGAAACAGAGCAAUUGAAGGACUGA